AACAAGGAAGGAAGACACGGUAGUAGAAAAGUUAAGCGGUGCACUGGUUUUGUUUUAGGAGAAGACUGAAAGAAGAAGAAGAAGAAAAUUGAGGGAGGAUGUGGCUCGAGAUUAUCUUCGGUUUGGUCAUUUACAGAUUGUUCCGGCGCUUCUUCUACGACGACGACGUUUUGGACAUCGAAGGAUCGGAUUCUUCUGCUCUUUUCUCCGUCGCGGAUAGGCUUAAAAAACUUUACGGAGCAAAUGUGUAUGUGGGUCUUCGGAUUCCCGAUGCCGAUACUGCUUCUCGACAGAGCAUUGAUAUGGUUCUUCUCACUAAACAAGAGCUAUGGGUGAUAUCUGUGAAAAACUUCUCUGGAAUUUUGACAAUUGGUGGCGAUGGUUGUUGGGUCUGUGAAAAGCCAGACAAACAUAAAGCAGAGCGUCACCCUGAUCCUGUGGAAGAAGCAAGGAAGCAAGCUUCUAUCCUCCAAUCAUAUCUUGAACAGAGAGGGGUUGCUCUGCCUGAAGGAUACAUAUCUUGCAAAGUUAUACUUCCAAAUCCUAAAUUAUGUACCGUUCCAGCAGAUGGUUUUCCAUCUGAAGUUAUUACCCAUGAUCAAUGGACGCGACUGAAGCCAGAACCAAAGAGCAUGCUGUCUAGUUGGGUAAAGGGUGCCUUUCGCAGUGGGAAGAAGGAUAUGCAAGAAUCUGUUAAUCAGAAUCUUGAUUUUGUCCUUUGCUCAGCUCCAAUAUGGGAUAGGGUGCAGCUUAAAGGCAACAAGUAUGUACUGGGGGAGUUCCUGGAAUUUAAGGGCAAACAAGAAGAUGUUGAGGCUUUAAGACAUAUUAGAAGAUCAAAAGUUGGUCGUAUCAUAAUCCAAAAGACAAGCAUGUUUGGACUAGCUCCUUCUAGGCUUCAAGUUCUAUACAGCUUGCGUGACUAUAGAACUGAAGGGGCAUCAGAACCAGAGUGGAAAGAAGUAACCGUCAGAUCAAGUACUGAGAUAGUCUUUCAGCCUGAAAAUGCUUCAAAAGUUCGAAAGUUUAAGCUCUCUUCAGUGAGCUCUAUGCUUCUUAGCGCUUGAAGUUGCCCAAACUAAGGAAAGUUAUUCUAGGGCGCUGAUUUUUGCAGAUGGCAUCCAUCGCUCGUCUAUUUAUAUUCCUCUUCAAGCAUAUGUAUAUUCUUCGUUAAGCUACAUCAAAUGGAUACAUUACUAGCCUUAGAAAAUAUUAAUACAGUCAGAUGUCUUUUUCCGCGAGCUUGUAUUAUGUAUAUUUUAAUAUAAUUAACAGUUUUAUUUACGUGUGAGGUUUAACUU